UGGGAGACCCCUGACCAUAGAACAAGCAGGGGGUCGAACGGGAGCGAGCGCAUGGCUGCCUGGCAAUCGCGCCGGCUCUGGGCGCUGGCGCUGGCGCUGGCGGGCUUGCUCGCGCCCUUCGCGCCGCUCUUUGCCCAGUGGCAGAGACCGCAAGUUCUUUCUGUGCGGCCUGGCUACAGGCUUCGGCGCAGGGAGCCUGACGGCGAAUGGGCCUAUGGGGACAUCGUCCAGGUCGGGCCCAGCGAGGAGCGGCGGAGCCGCCGGGGUGACGAUGCGCAGGGCCAGGUGACCGUGCGCUGGGAGGACUCGGAGGAGGCCACGCUGGUGAAUGUCUCCUCGGGCGAGGUGGAGCUCGCUGAAGCGGAUGCCGCGCAGGAGCUACUGGGGCGCUUAGCAGAGGCGCGAACCUCCGACUUGGCGGAGGCGGAGGCUGAAGAGGGCCCUGAUGCCGUGCUCUUCAGCCUGGAGGACGUGAGGGAGGAGCUUGAGGCCUUCAGAUGGAUCAGCGAAGAGGUCAUGCACCGGCGCAACGAGCUGCGCGACCUGGAGGAGGAGAAUCGACAAAUCCGCGAGGAGCAGGAGCUUGCGCGAAGACAGUACGAAGAGAUGAUCGAAGAGGCAGGGAGUCUGGAGAUCUGGGUCCGCAAGCGACGUGAAGCGUCCGGGG